AUGAAGCAACUCAUGAUUUGGAGACACGAAGACAAAAGCGACAUGGCCAAAUUCAUGGCCGAAGUAUUUGAGCGAAUCUCCAACGAAACCGAUAGGCUCUCAAGCCGAGAUGUUACAGCAAUAACAUUCUGGAACGCACGAGGUCUCCCUGAACCUCAGGUUUUGCUCAGCCUCAAAGAAGGGACUAUAAUCCACAUUUCAGAAACAUGGCGUACCACAGGUAAAACCAACCUUCCUUCCUCAUUAGAUUCAUACAACAAAGUGUGGUCCCCGGCAAUCAAAAAUAAAAUUCUUGGAAGGCCCAGCGGCGGUCUGGUCACGCUCAUUGACAAAGAUUUAAAUUAUCGGAUACUGUCCUCAUCUCACCACUGGCUGGCAACGCUCGUCACGAUCAACGAUGUAAAAAUCAUCAUGGUAUCACUAUAUCUGAGUCCAAGUAGUAGUAUUUCUACGGUUUUAAAUGACUUUAAAUUAACUUUAGACGACCUGCUGCUGUCGACUGAUUUUGAUCUUUUUAUUAUAGGUGGAGAUUUCAAUGCUCGCCUGGGACUCCUCAACACAGUCCCACUUGAAGCCGCUGACGGCUCUCACAUUACGCUAAAGAGGAACUCUAUGGAUACAAAGGUAACCCAGAGAGGUAUUGCGCUCAACAACUUCAUGGAGGAGCAUAGGUUUGUACUUUUGAAUGGAAGGUGUCACCCGGACACCUCAGGCAAGUUCACGUUCUUUGGAGCUCAGGGCCUAAGUGUAGUAGAUUUGGUAUGGGUAAACACUGCAAGUAUUGACCUCAUCACGGAAUUCAGCGUUGACCAGAGUGCCUAUAGAUCUGACCACUAUCCAAUAGUAGUCAAAGUUGCCACCAAAGCCCACAAACCGCACAUGUGA